AGACAAGUUAUAAUCAAAUUCACAACCACCAGUGUAGCAGAAAAUCGCAUCUCAACAGAAAUUCAAAAAGCGCGAAGAAGUAAUUGAGGUUCAUCAAUUUCAAUUCCCAGAGAAAAAAACAUGCUUCCUCUCUGCAACGCUUCUCUGAGUUCACAAUCGAGCAUCAGAACUUCCAUUCCUGGAAGACCUAACAUCGCUAUCACCAACUCCGCGUCUUCCAGCGAGAGAAUCAGCAACCGGAGAAGAACCAUGUCUGCCGUUGAAGCUCGAAGCUCACUCAUUCUCGCCCUUGCUUCCCAAGCCAACUCUCUCACCCAGCGACGUAAAUUUGUAGUGGACGUUGCUACUGAGACCGCAAGAUACUUGUUCCCGAAGAGACUUGAAAGCCGCACCCUCGAGGAGGCGUUGAUGGCAGUUCCGGACCUUGAGACUGUCAAGUUCAAAGUUCUUAGUAGAAGGGACAAUUAUGAGAUCAGGGAAGUUGAGCCUUACUUUGUAGCGGAGGCUACAAUGCCUGGGAAGAGUGGGUUUGACUUCAGUGGGGCUUCUCAGUCCUUUAAUGUCCUAGCUGAGUACCUUUUUGGUAAGAAUACAUUGAAGGAGAAAAUGGAGAUGACUACACCUGUUUAUACAAGUAAGAAUCAAUCUGAUGGGGUUAAAAUGGAUAUGACAACUCCAGUGUAUACAGCAAAGAUGGAAGAUCAAGAUAAGUGGACAAUGUCUUUCAUCUUGCCGUCAAAGUAUGGUGCUAACUUGCCACUGCCGAAAGAUUCCUCUGUGAGGAUUAAAGAGAUUCCCAGAAAAAUAGUUGCUGUAGUUUCCUUCUCAGGUUUUGUGAAUGAUGAAGAAGUUAAACAGCGAGAACUGAAACUCAGGGAAGCCUUGAAAAGUGAUGGACAGUUUAAAAUUAAAAAGGGAACUUCAGUAGAAGUUGCACAGUAUAAUCCACCGUUUACUCUUCCAUUUCAACGCCGUAACGAGAUUGCUUUGGAGGUGGAACGGAAAGAUUAUUAGGAACAAUAUUAGCCACUGUACAAUCUUGAGGUACUCAAUAUUGAUGCUCAUCUUUUUUGUAAAUACGUCUCGCACUCAAUAUGGAUGCUUGACCUUUUUUUAAAAGAUAUGUAUAAUGGUGGAUUAGCCAAUUCAAUAUAUAAGUAUGGCAAUGUAAAUGUGUGACAUCGUAUGGCAUGAAGGAAGUUAUUUAUGAAUAGCUGAACCUAGAGGGCUGCUGUAUCAAUAGGAAGAUAUCCCCGUCUUGCUUUUUCAGUUAUAUAGAUACGUUUUCUGCUUUUA